GCCAGUCAGCAGCAGGAUCAGGAUGAGAAGAUGGCUGGCUGUGUGUUUCCAAUGGGACCAGAGAGCUUUCAGCGCUUCACGCCGGACUCCCUGGCGGCCAUCGAGCAGCGCAUCGCCCAGGAGCAGGCCCGACGCAGCAAACACUACCAGGAGGACCUGGGCGACGUGGUGCUCCUCCGGCCCCGGCCCGACCUGGAGGCAGGAAAACAGCUGCCUCGCAUCUUCGCCGACAUCCCGUCUCAUCUGGUGGGCGUUCCCCUGGAAGACAUCGACCCGUACUACUUCAAAGACAAGAGGACCUUCAUAGUCCUGAACAAAGGGAAGGCCAUCUUCCGAUUCAGUGCCACGUCAGCUCUCUACAUCUUCAGCCCUUUCCACCCCAUCCGCAGAAUCGCCAUCAAGAUCCUGGUCCACUCGUUAUUCAGCUUGUUCAUCAUGUGCACCAUCCUGACCAACUGUUGCUUCAUGGCCAUGUCGGAGCCGGCGUACUGGGCCAAAUACCUGGAGUACACCUUCACAGGUAUCUAUACAUUCGAGUCUCUCAUAAAGAUCUUGGCGAGGGGUUUCUGUGUGGGGCCCUUCACCUUCCUGAGGGACCCCUGGAACUGGCUCGACUUCAGCGUCAUCGUCAUGGCGCUGUUAACAGAGUUUAUCAAAGUAGGGAACCUGCAGGCGCUGAGAACCUUUAGAGUGCUGAGAGCCCUGAAAACUAUCUCAGUCAUCCCAGGCCUGAAGACCAUCGUCGGCGCUCUCAUCCAGUCAGUGAAGAAGCUCGCCGACGUGAUGAUCCUCACCGUCUUCUGCCUGAGCGUCUUCGCCCUCAUCGGCCUGCAGCUCUUUAUGGGAAACCUGCGGCAGAAAUGUGUCCGCAGCACGGUGCACUGCGUCAACGGCAGCCUGCCCACCAACACCUCCUUCUACUGCAACAACAAGACCUGGGCCUCCCUGAAGGACUUCAUCAACGACGAGGACAACUUCUACAAGGUGGAGGGAGCCAAGGAUGCCUUAAUCUGUGGGAACGGCAGCGACGCAGGAAAGUGCCCAGAUGGGUUUGACUGUCUGAAGGCGGGAAGGAACCCCAACUACGGAUACACAAGCUUCGACACCUUUGGGUGGGCCUUUCUGUCGUUGUUCCGCCUGAUGACACAAGACUACUGGGAAAAUCUCUACCACCAGACGCUGCGAUCGGCCGGUAAGACCUACAUGGUGUUCUUCGUGGUGGUGAUCUUCCUGGGCUCCUUCUACCUGGUCAACCUCAUCCUCGCCGUGGUCGCCAUGGCGUACGAGGAGCAGAACCAGGCGACCAUUGCCGAGGCCUGCCAAAAAGAGAAAGAGUUUCAGGUGGCCAUGGAGAGACUGAAGAAGGAGCAACAGGUCUCCACCCAGAAAACUGUCGACUCGGACUCAUUGAUGUCACCAGAACUGUCGCCGUUUGGCCUGCCGUUGGACAGCAUGGAGGAGCGGAGGCGUAGUCAAGCGCUGGUGGGAGUGGGCGAUGUGGAGGCGAACCUAUCAGAGGAAAAGCUGCUGCAGGUGGACAUGACGGACGGGGGGAAGCCUCUGCAUCCCCUCCUCGCUCGCUCCUUCUCCACGAGGACACGGCGAAGCAGUCAGGUCUCCUCCAUCUUCAACUUCCGUCUGAGGAGCCGAGGGUCGGAGGGCGAGAUGGCUGACGAUGAGUACAGCGUCCCAGGUGACGUGGUGGAGGGCGUCGGGGGUCGAACCUACAGCGGGGGGACCUUCAGUGGGAUCCUGCCCCACGCGUGGCCCAAACGACGGCCGAGCACCUACAGCACUGCCAGCAGGAGCUCUCAGGUCCCCACGUCCACCACAGAGCUCAGUACGAUGCUGUUACCCCGACCUUCGUCCACACAAGGCUCCGAGCGGAGGGGGAGGGCGCUCAGUGCUGCCAGCUACCUCACCGACGCCAUGGAAGAACUGGAGGAGGCCCAUAAGAAAUGUCACCCGUGCUGGUACGUCCUCGCCCACCGUUACCUGGUGUGGGAAUGCUGCCCCUGGUGGCUGAGGGUGAAACAGCUGGUGAAUAUCAUGGUGAUGGACCCCUUCCUGGACCUGGCUAUCACCAUCUGCAUCGUCCUCAACACCCUCUUCAUGGCCAUGGAGCAUACCCCAUGACCGACGAGGUUCAAUGGCAUGCUGAACGGAAACCUGGUGUUCUCUGGAAUCUUCACAGCAGAGAUGGUGUUGAAGAUCAUCGCUCUAGACCCGUACUACUACUUCCAGACGGGCUGGAACAUCUUCGACAGCAUCAUCGUCUGCCUCAGCCUCAUGGAGCUCGGCCUGUCCGACGUCGAGGGGCUCAGUGUCCUUCGCUCCUUCAGAUUGCUCCGCGUGUUCAAGCUCGCUCGCUCGUGGCCGACCCUCAACACCCUCAUCAAGAUCAUCGGUAACUCCAUGGGCGCUCUGGGCAACCUGACGCUCGUCCUCGCCAUCAUCGUCUUCAUCUUCGCCGUGGUCGGCAUGCAGCUGUUUGGUAAAAACUACCAGGACUGUGUGUGCAAGAUCUCGAAGGACUGCGCUCUUCCUCGCUGGCACAUGAAGGACUUCUUCCACUCCUUCCUCAUCGUCUUCAGGGUGCUGUGCGGCGAGUGGAUUGAGACCAUGUGGGACUGCAUGGAGGUCGCAGGUCAGCCGCUCUGCAUCCUCGUCUUCAUGCUGGUCAUGGUCAUCGGAAACCUGGUGGUGAGUGACCUAACUGUUAAAGACGAUAUCAGCUUAUCGGAGGGCAGCACGGUGGACCUCAGGAAGCCUGGGGAGGAAGAGGAUGAGUACUCAGAGAUGGCUGAAGAGGCCAUGGACCCCGACAACUGCUUCCCAGACUUCUGCGUGGCCCGGUUUCAGUGCUGCGACAUCGACACCGCAGUCGGUUUCGGUCAGAUCUGGUGGAGAACGAGGAAGACCUGCUACCAGAUCGUAGAGCACAGCUGGUUCGAGUCCUUCAUCAUCUUCAUGAUCCUCCUCAGCUCCGGAGCUCUGGCCUUCGAGGACAUCUACAUUGAGCAGAGGAAGGUGGUCAAGGUGGUGCUGGAGUACGCGGACAAGAUCUUCACCUACAUCUUCAUCCUGGAGAUGCUGCUCAAGUGGCUCGCCUACGGCUUUAAGAAGUACUUCACCAACUACUGGUGCUGGCUCGACUUCCUCAUCGUUGACGUCUCGUUGGUCAGUUUGGUGGCCAACACAUUGGGUUAUUCAGACUUUGCAGCCAUCAAGUCCCUGCGGACGCUGCGAGCCCUGCGGCCCCUCAGAGCCCUCUCCAGAUUUGAAGGCAUGAGGGUGGUGGUGAACGCUCUGAUCGGGGCGAUUCCCUCCAUCAUGAACGUGCUGCUGGUCUGUCUCAUCUUCUGGCUCAUCUUCAGCAUCAUGGGCGUCAACCUGUUCGCUGGGAAGUUCGGCCGCUGCGUCAACCGCACCGGCCACAUCUACGAGGCCGCCUUCAUCAACAACAAGUCGGAGUGCGAGGCGCUCAACGACACCUCGCUCUUCUACUGGACCAAGGUCAAGGUCAACUUCGACAACGUGGGGGCCGGAUACCUGGCUCUGCUGCAAGUGGCAACAUUCAAAGGCUGGAUGGAGAUCAUGUAUGCAGCGGUGGAUUCUCGAGCUGUCGAGGAGCAGCCUAUCAAAGAGAUCAAUCUCUACAUGUACCUGUACUUCGUCAUCUUCAUCAUCUUCGGCUCCUUCUUCACCCUUAAUCUCUUCAUCGGUGUCAUCAUCGAUAACUUCAACCAGCAGAAACGAAAGAUGAGAGGACAGGACAUCUUCAUGACGGAGGAGCAGAAGAAAUACUACAAUGCGAUGAAGAAACUGGGCUCCAAGAAACCUCAGAAGCCCAUCCCCAGACCUUUGAAUUCGCUGCAGGGCUUCUUCUUCGACCUGGCAGGAAAACAGGCGUUCGACAUUAUCAUCAUGGUGCUGAUCCUCUUCAACAUGAUCACCAUGAUGGUGGAGACGGACGAGCAGUCGCCUCAGAUGGAGUACAUCCUGAACAAAAUCAACCUGGCCUUCAUCAUUGUCUUCACCAUCGAGUGCCUCAUCAAGAUCGUGGCGCUGCGAUACUACUUCUUCACCGUCGGCUGGAACAUCUUCGACUUUGUGGUCGUCAUUCUCUCCAUCGUCGGUAUCGUGCUUGCUGACAUCAUCGAGAAGUACUUUGUGUCGCCAACACUGUUCAGAGUGAUUCGAUUGGCCCGUAUCGGACGGGUUCUACGUCUCAUCAGAGGCGCUAAGGGCAUCCGGACGUUACUGUUCGCCCUCAUGAUGUCCCUUCCUGCUCUCUUCAACAUCGGGCUCCUCCUCUUCCUGGUCAUGUUCAUCUACGCCAUUUUUGGCAUGGCCAACUUCGCCUAUGUAAAACGGCAGGCGGGGAUCGACGACAUGUUCAACUUUGAGACAUUUGGCAACAGCAUGAUCUGCUUGUUCCAGAUCACCACCUCCGCUGGCUGGGACAGCCUGCUCACCCCCAUCCUCAACAACUCCCCCGAGGAGUGCAACCCCAACAUCCCUCACACCGGCACCACCGUCCGGGGGAACUGUGGGAACCCAUCGGUGGGCAUCACCUUCUUCGUCACCUACAUCAUCAUCUCCUUCCUCAUCGUGGUGAACAUGUACAUCGCCAUCAUCCUGGAGAACUUCAGUGUGGCCACGGAGGAGAGCACUGAGCCGUUGAGCGAGGACGACUUUGAGAUGUUCUACGAGGUUUGGGAGAAGUUUGACCCGGAAGCCACGCAGUUCAUUGAGUACGCCAAGCUGUCAGACUUUGCUGACUCACUCUCAGAACCGCUUCGCAUCGGCAAGCCUAACAAGAUCAAACUGAUCUCCAUGGACCUGCCCAUGGUCAGUGGGGACAAGAUCCACUGCUUGGACAUCCUCUUUGCCUUCACGAAGCGCGUUCUGGGCGAGUCCGGUGAGAUGGAUGCCCUUAAGCAGCAGAUGGAGGAGAAGUUCAUGAUGGCCAACCCGUCUAAGAUCUCCUAUGAGCCGAUCACGACGACUCUGAGGCGAAAACAGGAGGAAGUUUCCGCCACCGUGAUCCAAAGGUGUUACCGCAGACACCUGGUGAGGCGGCAGAUGAAGGCUGCCUCCUACUUGUACCGCCAGAUCACCACACCCCGACAUGCAGGAAGCGAAGGUGAAGAAGGUGGCGAGGUAGUGUUCGGGGAGGAUGCACCUGAGAAAGAAGGGCUCAUCGCCGCCAUGAUGAGGGAAAACUAUGGUUCGAGUUUGUUAGGGAUAGAGCGCUCCGAGACAAUUUCCUCCACCUCGUCCCCGCCGUCCUACGACAGCGUGACGCGAGCCACGUCGGAGAUCUUUCACCCGCUCGCUGGCAAGACAGAAACAAUCGCUGUCGACACCGCAGGAAGCGAACCAAGCGAACAGUCGCCGUCCGUCGUUGACCCUGACAGACAGCAGGAAACGGUACCAUAGCAGGAACCAAAAAGCAAAAAAAAAUGAACAAAUGAGGAUGUCCUUGUUUUUGGGUUAAGCCUGUUUGUUCUUUUGUUUACUGAAUGUACCAUAGCUAAGGAACGCUGGGAAGGCGGCAGAGAGAAGCUAUGAGCGAGGAACUGCAGGAGGAGUCAAGUUAAAGAGCAAACAAAGUGGAAUAUUUACUACCUUUAAUGUUAUUUCCUGUUCCCACUGGAGAUUCCUGGACUCGAGCGAUUUUUGGAGUUUCUUAAAGGGAAGCAGAAAAACUGCAAUAACAGAGACGGAAACCCCGUCUGUCAAGUCAGCUCUGCCUUUGUUGGAGUAAAAAGACAGAAGCGUAGAUCCCUCUGACCUCUUGGGUCUCUCGUGUCGACCGAAGCUGAGGGUUCGAAACACUGACUGACCUUUGACCUCAGCUGCAGGGGUCAAAACCACUAUAUCAGAUGUAUCCAUCAUUUAUUGGCCUGGGGGGGUUUGUGCCUUCCCACAGUUAAUAUUCUCAGAGUACGCCUGGCUGUAAGAGUGACGGUGUUCCUGGUGGUGUUUCUCGACGCGUUAACAGUCGACGGCUUUCUGACUGACCGAGACUCGAGAGAGGAGGGAAAAUAAAUGACAACGUGAUUUAAGAAAAAUGUUUUCGUAGUAAAAGUAUAACUUUGUUGAUGUUACCAGUCUUUUAAUAGCGGUACGAUUAUUACUAUUUUUUAUAUUUUUUAGAGUAAGUUGAAGAAAAAAAAAGUCUCUCUCUUUCGACAUUGGAGUGGCACUAGCUAUGAGAAAGUGGCUGAACUACCACGUUGUAAUAGAUGAGAGGAGAGGGUGCGGUCAGGAAAAAAAAAUAACAACCUGAGAAGCAACUUCAUCUGUUUUUUGUUGGCAGUUUUGCACUUUUGAGUUUACACGUGCUGUCACUUUACCGCACCUGGGCAAAGACACAUUGGAAAAAAGGGCCUGGGAUGUAUUUAUUUUUUCCUCUGAGAACCUUUGAGAUAACACACCAAAAACUAAUACAAGUGCACAAUGAGAUUUUUUACACGGUCCCGGACUCUUCAAACAUGUGUUUUGCCCCGGUGGUGAACAUCCCCCAUGUCCGUCACUUUUUUGGCUGUUGGGUGAUUUGUCGAAAUGUCCAAAUUUAAAGUUGAUUUUUUUUAGCUCACCUUCACUUAAACAACUUCAACAGAAGACUUGUAUUCCUGCCGCAUUACUACAUUGCACAAGGAGGUUAAGGGAUGCAGAUCAUUGAUCAAUGACAUAUGAGUUGCCAAGAAGAAAGUGUUGAAAUAUUUUAUCAAAACAGUUCAAAUUACGGAUACCUGUAUCUGGUAUCAGGUAUCAGGCUCCGACACACACAUAAGAUAUCCCAGAUUCCACUUUAAAAGCAGCGUGUUGUUACAUAACCUCCUGUUAGCUGACGAUUCAUUUCAUCAAGUGAAUUUAUCGUUAAUCUCUUAAAUCCAAAUUCCAAACCCCUUAAAUAAACUUUAAAGAAAAGACGUUCAUAUCAUAAAACCCCUGAAGGCGUGAACACCUCAAAUUCCUUUUCUAAAGCAGGAUAAAUAUUGUUAGUGCAGUUAAAGGACCAGACUGCUGGUUUGAGACAAGCUUGGCAAAGAUGCAAAAAAUAUAAAUUCCUAAAAAUAUGUUUAAGCAUGGAACAAACCAUCAGUCUUUACUCGCAUUCUACCAACUGAACUAAGACAAUUACGCAGGGCUCUGUGUGCUCCUGUUGGAGCUCACUUACAUUUACUUGUUUUAAUGCCAUUAUUUAUAUAACGUUUUUCCUCUAUCAGGGGAUUUAAUGUCGCUGUACAGACUUUUUUGACAAAUCACCCGCUGUCAUUAACUUAUCCGUCUGGUCUGAGUUCGGCUCGGCACGCACAAGAGCUUAGACCGAAUUCUACAACAAGGAUAAGUUCUUCGAGGCGUCGUCCAGCCCUGACCGGAGUGUGACAAUCAGCUCAGCACAUCAGCAUCAGGAUUUCACCCUGUUUAGUUUCAUGAAAAGGUCACUCUGAUUUGGCGUCUGAUCGAUCACCUGUGUCCUGGAAAAACCUUGUCAAAACAGUUUCACGGCAGCUGAUUAUCGAUGUCGUUUCUACGACUUUAUCAGAUUGUUUUCCUGUUUUCAGUAUAAACCUUUCAAGAUGUUUCAGAUCAGGAAUCAAUUGCCAUCAGACUUCAGUCAAUUGCCAUCAGACUAGUCGUCGCACAUCUAUAUUAAAUUAUUUAAAUAUCUAUAUUUGAACAGUGGUAAUGAUUCUGAAUGUUCCACGCUGUUCCACGCUAUAAGUGUUUAAACUCCCCCUGUCCUUAAAACUCCCAGUCCGGGUACAGACAGCUAAAAGAACUAAGUAGCUAAUAGCAGCUAGUACAGUUAGCAUACGCAACAGUACCUCAGUAAGUAACUAAAAAGACUAAUGAAAAGUGGGUCAACUAAGACUCUUCUUGUCGAUCCCAUGGUCCAAAAAAGGCAUUCUAACAGUCUGAAGCUUGUUUAGGACAAAUACCUUUUCAGGAAAAUAUCUCUAAAGUUAUUGUUUCUGUCAUGUUAUGAGUGUAAAUGAGCGGUUUACAAAUGGCUGCAUCCAAGCAGGUUUUUCCAGAACACUGCGUGACGAUGCUAAAAGCUUUUCUUCUUCCGGUUUCCGCUAAUCGAUAUGAAGAGUUUCAUUUGAAAUGAGGGGAAAUAAAUUGGUAAAUUCCGAUUGAUUGAUUGAUUGAUUGAUUCCUGUUUGGAUGUCACUGGCUAGAUUAGUUUCUUGAUAAGAAAAUUAAAUGGAUCGUUUGAAUGAUUUCAAAGUACACCAGUAACUGAAAGUAUUCAGUGACAUAUUGAAGAUUUCGCAGUUUUUCCCUGAAGGAUAUCUGAGUUUGAAAGGAGACUCUUCAAAUCCAAACACUGCGUUUUUAUUUAUUUAUUUAUUCAUUUGUUUUCGGGUUGGUUGCUUUAUUUAAGUUGGGUUUUUAUUUAAUUUUUUUUGCACGUUUUUAGCUGUGUCCUGGAGUAAGAACAGAGGCCGAACGAGACGCCUCUUUAUCCAUUUUGCACAGAGAAACAAAAACAAAAAAACAAACAAACCGCGUCUAGCAAUAACGGUUUGCCGAUACCUUGUAAGUGAGUUCUUCGGUAACACUCGGCUUUACAGAAGCUUUUUCUCACUUUAUGAAUCUGUGGAGUAAUGUUUGGGGGAAAUCCUGAAAAUGCACGAUAACACUCGGAGCAUUGGGUGAAACUGGAUGAGUUCUGGUUUUCCCGAUGCAGCACUGAAGGUGUUAUUGUGGCUUUACAGAUGCACAGGUGAAUACGCUGGCAUGAAGCCGCUGCGAAGCAGUGUUACCGCUUGUUUUUAUUAAGAUGAAGUGUCAAAGUGUGUGUGUACAGCGUUUGUUCGGUCUGCUUCGAUCUCAAUUAUCUCGAACAACCUCUCUCUCUCUCUCCGUCUCUGUUGUCGUGGUCACCUGAGGGAUCUUUACUAAACGCUUUACUAGACUAAUUUAAAAAAGAUAAAAGAAAAAAAAACAAUUUUACUGGCACCGUCUGGACUCUAUUUCUACUAGAUUCUAUUGAGAAUAGAUAACCAUAUAAACUAGGUAAAUACUUAAGACACUGCUGAACUCUGCUGCGAGGCGUAUUUCAGGUUGCAGUUGUGCUGAAGGGCUGUUUUCAGUAGCAAUAGACCCAGAGUGUGCCUGCUACAUAUGAACCCCAACACUCCAAGCCAUGCUUACCCAUUGGUUGAUUGAUAAUGUGCUUGAUUGAAGGACUGGUUGAUUCUUUGAUUUCUUGACUGGCGGAUUGAGUGAUUAUGUGAUUGGUUUAACAUUUGGUUGGCUGAAAUGAUUCUUAUGCUUUUUGAUAUCGAACGAGGUUCACGGUCCCUCACCGCCCCCCUCCAUCACUGCUGUGACUCUUUCUCAUAAGCUGUCGAACAAACAGCACAGAGAGCUGAUUGGCUGAUUUAGAUCUCUUUUUUAAAAAACGGUCGAAAAAGGUUCAGAUUCACUAAAGUCUGCAGGGAAAAGUGCAUUUGGUCCCGUCACCAGUGUCACAGAUGCCUCUCUUACAGCUGGAGUGGCCACUAGUGGAAAUUGGCAGCGAGACUACCUUUGCUGUAUCCAGCUCUCUCGGCACAUCCACGCCUCCACGCAAUAUCAGUACUUGAGCAACUGAAGAGGAAAAACAUGCACAAAGUUUCCCUCACAGUGUAACUUUAGUGAAUCUGGACCUCAGACUCUGGUUUGCACUGAGCACAACAACACAUUAACUGUCAGUAUCAGGACAGUUAACUGGAAUGAAGCUUAAGAGUUUGUUCACCUGCAACCACAGCAUUACGACCAACUUCAGCUCGCCGUACCUGGACUGAAUUCACUCUGCACUGACUGUAUGAGGUGGAAACACCUGGAAACCUUCAAAAUAAACCCCAACAUGUCUGAGCAGGAAAGGAAAAAAACCCAGAUUCAAAAGAUGGUGGAGAGAAAAACAAUCUGUGUCACUUUCUUUCCUGCUCUGAUAUGACAAAUUGUACGCAAAAAUAAACUCUCACUUUGGAGGAAAACGGCCAUCUUUGCUCUGAGCUGUGGGUCAGUCCAUGUGGUGCUACCAGGCGGUUUUGGAAAAGUCCAUAUAAAGAUCUGAGGGGGGCGUUAAAACACAACUCUAAGACUGAGAAUCUUUGCUCCUUCCUGCCUUCUUUUCCCCAUUUCAAAACCAAAAGCUGCUUUGUCACCUUCGAAACAAAACGACAAACAUCUACGUACCAACACGGAGGAAAUGCACAGAAAACAAGUGGUUUCAUUGUUCAUUAUUAUUACUAUUGUUACUAUUAACUGUGUGAUAAAUGCAAUACAACAGUUAUGUAAACAGGCAGUGAGUGAUGCUGUAUCUUAUUUACAGUAUGAGGAUAAUAAUAACGAUGAUGUUUUUACUUUUUUCGUCGUCAUGGAUUUGGUUUUUCCAGGCAUUCUCUCACUGCUUAAACCACCUGUCGCCCCGUUUACACCGCAACUGGUUUCACAGCGGUUCUCAAAACUGGCUCCGGCUUCAUAUCAGUCCCCCAGAAACCUCAUAUCUCGAGAAAGUUGCCUUUUUCAGGAAAGGAGGGAAGAAUAUGUGGAAUGUUUCCCUUCCUGAAAUCUCACAAAUCAUCUUUUAUUCCAGCCGAAAUUGGGAAGUUUUCUCUCAUCGUUAAUUACAUUUUUAAGACAGAAUGAGGCUGCGUACACAUUUUCACAAAGAGCUGGAAAAUAUAACUCACAAAGUUGGAGAUACGAGGUUUCUUGAUACAAGCAGUUUAAUUGUGUUUUUGCUGGAAAAAGUCGAGAAGGUUCACGUCACAGUCGGAGGGUGAAAACCUUGUAACUCCAAAGAUUUAACUUGAAAUAUGAAAGAGGAAAAAAUUAUUGUAAAGUUUACCACAAAAGUGAAACGCAACACUUUAAAGUCCAAAUUUGAGUGUUUUUUCUCUCCAUCACUGAGUUGGUAAAACUUUUAGAUAUUCAAUGUUUCCAUAUUUUUAAAGUCUUUUUCAAAAACAUAAAAAAAUAAGACACAAACAGCAAGUUACAAGGUUUCCCUCUGACCUCAGUGGUACUCUCGCUCUGCAACCGUUGGCAAAAACUCUCGCCAGUGAAACCUCGGUGUAAAGGAGGCGAAAGCCGUGCCUCAGUGACCCCACCUUGGUGUUUUAGAGACAAUAAUAAUAAUUACAACGAUUAUAAUAUGAAUAUAUAUAAAUAUAUAUAUACUUUUUAGUACUUUGAGUUGAAAUACUUUUUAGUAUUUUGCAAAUACAUGUCUCUGUAUAUAAAACAAAAGCCUCCUGUAAUAAAUG